AUGUCUCUUCCCAAGGACUUCCUCUGGGGCUUUGCCACCGCUGCCUACCAGAUCGAAGCCUGCGACUCCUACAACCGCACCGAUGAGGAUAUCACCCUCCUCAAGGAACUCGGCGUCAACGCCUACCGUUUCUCCAUCUCGUGGAGCCGCAUCAUCCCCCUCGGCGGCCGCAACGACCCCGUCAACCAGGCCGGUAUCGACCACUACGUCAAGUUCGUCGACGACCUCACCGACGCCGGCAUCACCCCCUUCUUCUACGCCCGCACCAUGUUCAAGGCCAUCCCCAAGGUCAAGCACUGGAUCACCUUCAACGAGCCCUGGUGCUCCGCCAUUCUCGGCUACAACACCGGCUUCUUCGCCCCCGGCCACACCUCGGACCGCACCAAGUCCGACGUCGGUGACUCGGCCCGCGAGCCCUGGAUCGCCGGCCACAACAUGCUCGUCGCCCACGGCCGCGCCGUCAAGACCUACCGCGACGACUUCAAGCCCACCAACGGCGGCGAGAUCGGCAUCACCCUGAACGGUGACGCCACCUACCCCUGGGACCCCGAGGACCCCGAGGACGUCGCCGCGUGCGACCGCAAGAUCGAGUUCGCCAUCUCGUGGUUCGCCGAUCCCAUCUACUUUGGCAAGUAUCCCGACAGCAUGCUCGCCCAGCUCGGCGACCGCCUCCCCACCUUCACCGAGGAGGAGCGCGCCCUCGUCCAGGGCUCCAACGACUUCUACGGCAUGAACCACUACACCGCCAACUACAUCAAGCACAAGACCGGCACUCCUCCCGAGGACGACUUCCUCGGCAACCUCGAGACCCUCUUCGACUCCAAGAACGGCGAGUGCAUCGGCCCCGAGACGCAGUCCUUCUGGCUCCGCCCUAACCCCCAGGGCUUCCGCAACCUCCUCAACUGGCUCUCUAAGCGCUACGGCCAGCCCAAGAUCUACGUCACCGAGAACGGUACCUCGCUCAAGGGCGAGAACGACAUGGAGCGCGACCAGAUUCUCGAGGACGACUUCCGCGUCGCCUACUUUGACGGCUACGUCAAGGCCAUGGCCGAGGCCUUCGAGAAGGAUGGCGUCAAUGUCCAGGGCUACCUCGCUUGGUCUCUCCUCGACAACUUCGAGUGGGCCGAGGGUUACGAGACCAGGUUCGGUGUCACGUAUGUCGACUACGAGAACGGCCAGAAGCGCUACCCCAAGAAGAGCGCCAAGUCUCUCAAGCCCCUGUUCGAUAGCCUAAUAAAGAAGGAUUAG